GGCUCUGCGGGCUCAGCGCGCGCCCGCCCGCCCGCCGGGAGUUCCUCAAAUAAAAGAGCCCGUUUGAGCACGUACCUCAAAUAAAAGAUCUGUGAAGUCUAAGACCUUCGGGACGCACUUCUGAUUUUGCGGGGUCUUUGUCUCCUUUUUCGGACAAAUACUUCUGCGUCUGCUGUUUACAGAACACCUAUUGAGGGCCAGCCACAGUGCUUGGGGGCACACGAGAAUGAGAAACAGCCCCUACCUUCGAGGGUCUCCCAGUCAUUCCGGUGGAUGAGCAGAUAUGGAAACAGGCAGCUGGAAGGUGAACGGGAGAGCGGCAGAAUACACUGAACAGGGAGCUUUGCAAGAUUCUAUCAUAAUGAAUGGAUCCAGUGUGGCAAAUACAUCACCUAAUGUAAAAUCCAAAGAGGACCAAGGGUUAAAUGGGCAUGAUGAGAAGGAAAACCCAUUUGCAGAGUACAUGUGGAUGGAAAAUGAGGAGGAUUUCAACAGACAGGUUGAGGAGGAGCUACAGGAGCAAGACUUUUUGGACCGCUGCUUCCAGGAGAUGCUGGAUGAAGAAGACCAAGACUGGUUCAUUCCAUCACGAGACCUGCCUCAGGCCAUGGGACAGCUGCAACAGCAAUUAAAUGGACUGUCCAUCAGUGAUGUGCAUGAUUCUGAAGAUAUUUUGAGCAAAAGUAACCUGAACCCAGAUGCCAAGGAGUUUAUUCCAGGAGUGAAGUACUGAGCCUACAGAAAGCUUUGAGGAGGACUUGUCUGUCUCCACAUGUGGGGAUAUGAUGCACAAUAAUGCAGAGCUGAAGAGGGGGGGUGGGGCGGGCGAGGGGUACACAGCAGGGAAGGGAAAUGGUGGUUUAAUGAUACUGUGACUCUGAGUAAUGUGCUCAGUCUUACUCUA